AGUAAUGAAAAUAAAUUCUUAUAAUGAAGAAGUGUCUAAUUUUCACAGGAUUGUUUUUAAUUAUAAUAUGUCUAACUGGAUUAAUGUUUAUUGUGGAGUUUGAGGAGCUGAGUCGAAGCGAUUACUUCAAGACACCUCGACUUGCAAGCAUAGAUGACUUCGAAGAAUGCAAAAGUCUCGAGAGUGAUUCUGAUUUAAAAUCGCCUUUGUACUGCAUGGUGAAAGCGGUAAUCGAUCAUCCUACGAAACGAUCUACCCCAUAUUCUACUAUUACCGAAUAUUCUUCAUAUUCAAAUCAAUAUUUCAACCAUAGAAUAUUGACACGUGGUAUAUGCAUGAAAAAAUGCCACGAAAUUCACGAAAAGAUGAAUGAAACAGAAAAGGCAGAAAAAAAAUAUUUGAACGAUAAUUCUUUGAUAGUCGGUGAUGGAGUCACUCCCGCAAUUGCAAAACUAAACGCUAUAAAUAAAAUUUGCAAUGUUUGUGUCAACAAGGAACUCUUGGAUAAUUACGGAUUCAUUGCCAAAACUAAAAUUGAUUAUUGCAUCACUGAAAAUGAAGAACGUUCGUUUGACUUGGUUCAUUAUUUAUUCAUUGCUGGUCUGUCUACGAUUUUGUUUUUCUUCUUGUCAUCACUGAUAUAUGAAAGGUAUAAAGAUUACCCAAGAGUUCAGAAAAUCUUUAUAAACGCAAAAAGCUUUAAAGCACUUUUUAAAGCUUUUUCAAUACAAGAAAAUUGGAAUCAACUCACGAGAGUUACGAAAAAUGAAGAUUACACAGCUCUUGAACCAUUUAAAUGUGUCAUUUUAUUCAUGCUUGUGUUCAGUUAUGUGUAUCGACACAUUGCUUCAAUGCCAUUCGCUAAUCCAAUAUACAUUGAAGAAAGUUUUCUUAACAAUUGGAUGUUGUUCUUAGAUCAUGAAUUUGUUACGAAUUUAUUUUUAGUGACAUGUGGGAUUCAAUUAAGUUUCUUUUUGAUCCCACUGAUUGAAACUUCUUCAAGUGUGUGGCACUUGCUGAAAAAGUUGGUCGGUUCUAAAUUUCGAAAGCUUUUGGCACUUUAUUCUGGCUUUGUGCUUUUUCAUUCAUCAUUUCUUCAAUCGAUGGUCGAAAGCCCUUUUUGGAAUAAUCAUGCUUUGAAAGAACAGAAGAAUUGUCGAGAAAGUGGGCUUUUGAGUAUUUUGACUUUCAAUAAUUAUGCAAAGCAUGGUGAAAUGUGUUUAGAAUCAAGUUGGAUUCUAUCAGCAGAUUUUCAUUUAAGCAUUUUAGGAUUUUUCAUAAUUUGCUUCUUAGUGAAAUUCCCAAAGUGGCAAAAAUUGAAAUCUUUCUUCAUAAUUUUAAUGUCGUUAGCUUUUGUUGCAACUUUAAUCUCCUUUAGAAAGCUCAAUAUAUAUUCUUUCGUAGUGCCAGAGAUUUUAAGGAACUUUCCGAAAGGAGGUGAUAGAAAAUUUACUGAAGGUUUUUAUGCAUCGCACAUGAAUUGUGGAAAUUUCAUUAUUGGAACUUUAUUUGGUUCAUUGGUUUCGGUGGUUACUAAAUUUUUCAUUUCGACGACAAAUGUUUUAUUGGAAAUGAGUUUCAUUAAUAUGUUUGCAUAUUCAUGUGCGAUAAUGAUAAUAAGUUAUGCACUUGGAGUUGUAGUUUAUCUCAUCUUAGAAGCACCAUUGAGGAACAUCACAAAUUUUCGGUCUUUAAAAGAUUUAUUGACACAUUCAGAUUCGUCACCUGCGAAAAAUGUCAAACAUCAUCUGAAAGUUCAAUGACCAUUGAGAUUUCUAAUAAAAUCGUCAUUAGUUUCUUUUAGCAAAUAUAAAAAG